GCCCCGCCCACAGCCCGCGGCCGGCCCGCGGGGCGGGGUGGGGGCGGGGGCCGGGACUGGGCGGCCGGCCUGACCUCCACCUCGGCCCAGCGGCUGCCUCGCCGCCGGCAGCGCGGGCGCGCCCCUCCCCCAGCUCCGCCCGCCCCGGCGCCCGGCGGGGCUGCGCUCGCUCGCGCGCUCGCAGCGGCGGGGCCCGCAGGCGGCCAUGGCGGCGGGCGCCGGGGCCAGGCCGGCGCCGCGCUGGCAGAGGGCGCUGGGGGAGCCGCUGAGCGCCGCGCAGCUGCGGCGGCUGGAGGAGCACCGCUACAGCGCCGCGGGCGUCUCGGUGCUCGAGCCGCCGCUGCAGCUCUACUGGACCUGGCUGCUCCGGUGGGUCCCGCUGUGGGUCGCCCCCAACUCCAUCACCCUCCUGGGCCUCGUCAUCACCCUGCUCACCACGCUCGUGCUCAUCGCCUACGGCCCCACGGCCACCGAGGAGGCACCACACUGGACAUACCUGUUAUGUGCGCUCGGACUCUUCAUCUACCAGUCAUUGGAUGCUAUUGAUGGGAAACAAGCCAGAAGAACAAAUUCUUGUUCUCCUCUAGGAGAACUUUUUGACCAUGGUUGUGACUCUCUUUCCACAGUAUUAAUGGCAGUUGGAGCUUCAGUUGCUGUGCGCUUGGGAACUCAUCCUGACUGGUUGUUUUUCUGCUCUUUUAUUGGGAUGUUCUUAUUUUAUUGUGCUCAUUGGCAGACUUAUGUUUCGGGUGUGUUGCGGUUUGGAAAAGUGGAUGUAACUGAAAUUCAGGUAGCUUUAAUAAUCGUCUUUGUGUUGUCUACAUUUGGAGGAGCAACAAUGUGGGACUAUACGAUACCCAUUCUAGAGGUAAAAUUGAAGAUCUUCCCAGUUCUUGGAGUUGUAGGUGGAGCAAUAUUUUCCUGUUCAAAUUAUUUCCAUGUUAUCCUCCAUGGUGGAGUUGGCAAGAAUGGAUCCACUAUAGCAGGCACCAGUGUCUUGUCACCUGGACUUCACAUAGGAAUAAUUAUUAUACUGGCAAUAAUGAUCUAUAAAAAGUCAGCAACUAAUGUGUUUGAAAAGCAUCCUUGUCUUUAUACCUUAAUGUUUGGAUGUGUCUUUGCUAAAGUCUCACAAAAAUUGGUGAUAGCUCACAUGACUAAAAGUGAAUUGUAUCUUCAAGACACUGUCUUUUUUGGCCCAGGUCUUUUAUUUUUAGACCAGUACUUUAAUAAUUUUGUAGAUGAAUACGUUGUUCUAUGGAUAGCAAUGGUCAUUUCUUCAUUUGAUAUGAUGAUGUACUUUAGUGCUUUGUGCCUGCAAAUUUCAAGACACCUUCAUCUAAGUAUCUUCAAGAUUUCAUGUCAUCAAGCACCUGAACAGGUUCAAGUUCUUCCUUCAAAGAGUCAUCAGAAUAACAUGGAUUGAAGAGACUUUCGAACAUUUGCCAUCUCCUGCUGCUGCUGUUUGUGAAAGGAGAUAUUAAACAUUUGUUUAAUUUUUAGAUAAGUGUUAUACAUAUUUCAACAAAUAAAAAGAUUUCAAUGCUUAUAUUAA